CUCAUUUUUCCUGUAUAGCGUUAUACUAUUAUGUAAUAACAGUAGCAGACAGAAAGCAUGUUUGAUACAAAGCGUACCGUAUAGUCGAAUAAUGAUCACGCAAGUUAAGCUAAAAAUACGCUAUCAAAUGCGACAUCGUCUAUGAUCUAACAUGACGAUUUAAACUUUAAGUAUUCCUGAAGUCUCAAGCUUCUAAUACUUGUAUUAAAACGCACUUAAACUGAAGAAACUUACUAGGAAAAUUGAUUGAAUGUUUUAAUUUAAAGGUCUAUGGGGAGAAACAAAACAUACCACAAGAAUCAGCUCGUCGAGCUCUACAAGCUGGUACAUAUCCAAUCCAAAACUGA